AUGCUUUGCGAUCAGCUCUCGGUGAGUCCACAACGCUCAGUUGAAAAUCGCGACUGCGAUUGGGAAGGUGCUGCCGAGGGUUGCAAUGAUCGUUCCCGCGCUAACGAUGUUACACCAUACAGCCGCAAGAUGCGCGGGACUGCAUCGAUAAAAUCGCCUCCAGACUGUCGCAAAAGGCUGCUGAAUGGGUCAGUGACAAGCUAGCCCCAGUUGAGGAAAGGCAAGUCACCAAUCCAGACAGCGGCCUGUCGGCUCGAUUCAAACGUGAUGUGGACACCACUGUUCCCAAGGUGGUGCUGGACAUCGACGGACGCAUCGCCUUGUCUAGAGCCUGGCACGUAGAGCAGCAGCGCUUCCUCCUGACGCUGGACAACCAGCUUAGAGGCAAAGCGUACACAGAGUAUGUCGAGCUGUGUCUGGCGUUUCGACAACGCACCCUUGAAGAGGUGAAGAGCUACACGUGGUGCAAGGCUUGGCUAGUAGGUGCAGUGCAGAAGGAGGCCUCUGAUUGGCGAUCUGGUGCAAGACAGCUGAUGCUUGUUUCUUCCACAGAAGGAGCAGUCUUUCGCCAAGAAUGCCGCGGAUGCUGCUGCAUCGCUCGUCUACAAGGCAUUUUGCGCUUUUGAUCCCGACUAUACCACAAUGCAGGGAGUGGAGAUGUCAGCGACAGACCCAUUCUGCGGAGGUCUUCGAACAGCGGACGAGCUUACGAUGCUGGCCACUGUAGGAGGUAUUCUGGAGAAGCCGGGCUGGUCUCAAAAGGUAUUCGAGACCAAGAUCACUGACAAGUGGAGGCAAGAGAUGGCCGCGGACGAUUAUUCGGGUGAGCGAGGUUGAUCGCAGGGAACAUGACCCGUCUGCUGAAUCAGACCCUCCUCCAUAGGGAGGAUGAUAGACUAUGUCAUUGCCCACGUCCAGUGGCUGGCAAAGGUAGCCCAAAGGGGCAAACCAGAAGCCGCAGGCGUUCCUGCGGUGUGGCGACUUGAACAGCCUGGUGGUUCCGACCUGAGAACAGAACUAUGCAUCCAGGUUCAGCAUCUCAUCGAAUCGGGCGACGAAAGAAAGGAACGAGACUGGCACCCAGGGGUGCGUGCGAUGUUGUGCGCCGAUCCUAUUUGCCCAGGCUGAUCCAUAUGCUCCCUCUCUCCAGUCCAACGAUCAGGUGCUUGACAUCAUUCAUCCUUCCCUGUUCCCGCUCGUAGAUCAACGCUCCUAUGUAAAAGCGACAAAGCUGGAAAGAGAGACGCCCGGAGCCCUUGAGAUGCUUAAAAGAGCUGCGACGCUGUUUGAGACAGGUAGAGAUGGCGUGGAUCAAUUGAGCCCUUUGCGAGAUUUGGCGGAGAUCGGCAAAGAUGACGGGGAGCUGAUUGUCGCUGACUUGACUCUGCCAGUCACCAAGCCCAAGAAUGUCUGGCACCAUGAAGGGGAGCAAAAUUACCAGUGGCUUCCCGCGGAAGUCCUGAUCACGAGCGUGCGCGACCAUCAGACAGCAAAAAUUCUCUCGUACAUCAACAAUCUGCAUCCUCAACGUCAUGCCAGCGUGUAUGCGACUUUGGAAAAAGCUGUGGCUGCCUUUGUCCCCCUUUUUGAGGCCGUCGUCGCCUCCUUAUUGCGCAACUCUUGCGAUCGUCUCGAUGGCCGCUGGGCCUGUGACGCUUUUCUGCCAGGAGUGUUACAGCCGGAGCGCGAGGACUUUUGGGAGCCCAAGACGAUCGAAGCGAUGUUGGAGCUCGAAGCCAAGCAGAAUGGCACUACGCCUCCCUCGGGGCCGGCAGAGCCCUCAUCCCACGACGAUGAAGCUUGGGCCCAGAAUCAGGAGCGUCGGCUGCGAUGGAAAAAGACGCGAAAGUUCGUGAGACCUGAAGUUGCUACUUGGAAGGAGCCCAUUCCCGAUGUCCCUGUGUCGCUUGCCGGGCGCACGCUCCAAAUCAUAUUUAAGAUAGCAAGCGUGGAGCUCACGCCGGAUAAACCAAAGUAUGAAGGUGGCUCCUGGCACCUGGAAGGAACACCAAGAGAGAAAAUCUGCGGUACCGGCAUUUACUACCUUGAAAACGAAAACGUCACGACGCCAACGCUGGAAUUCCGGCAGUACGCCGGUCCAGACGACGUAUGCCAUUACCAACAGGACUUAUAUGACCAUGUGAGAUGUUCCUGGCUCGAGCACCUAGCAAUUUGCUAACAUCAUAAAUCUUACUCGCCUUCAGCUCGAAGCUGUGUACGGGUUUGACAACGAGACGUCAGGUCAAAACCAGCACCUGGGUUGCAUCUCAACCUCGGAAGGCCGCGGCAUCUGCUUUCCCAACUGCUGGCAACACAGACUCUCGCCGUUUGAGCUUUCAGACAAGACAAAAAGAGGGCAUAGAAGAUUCCUAGUGAUGUUUCUUGUUGACCCAUUCGAACGCGUCCCAUCCACCGCGGAGGUUCGACCUCAACAGCUCGACUGGCUGCUCGAUAGCCUUGGGGAGCACAAGGACACACACAUGGCGGCGUUGCCGGUCGAAGGCAAGUCUCAAGGUGCAUUACAUCCUGUGAAAAGCAUCUCACAAGAAUCAAUGUCUCCGCUCAUUCCAUCAGUACAAACCCAGAUCUUCAGGGAGAUAGAUUCGGCAUGCGAGGCGAACGAAUGGCUACCACUCGAUCGCAAUGCCGAUCGCUUCGAGGAGCGCAAAGCUUACUGCCUCAGACAAGCACCACAGGAGUCAUUGGACGAUGAUUCCGAGGGAGAGCGUUUUCGGCCACCACGGCCUUGCAAUCUGCCUAUGACCCGUUCUGAAGCCAUGCAACAUCGGCUGGCUCUGAUGGCGCAACGCUCCGCACGCGCCGAAGAGCAGGACUACGAAUAUGAGAAUACGUGGAGCUUGUGCGAGCACUGA